UCUCUUAUUGCCCAAAUCUUCACCGCUAAAGGUUAGCUCUAGAGUUAGUAAGGGAUCAAGUGGCAAUGGCGGAUCAGGAGAACUCUGUGAGGCUGACAAGGGCCGCCGCCAAGAAGCGGGCUGCAGAGUCGGCGGGUUUGACGGAGAAAGUCCUGACCAAGAAAAGGGUUGUUCUGGGGGAGCUUUCCAACUUGUCUAACGUUUCUGUUCCCGGGAAUAAAGCUCAGGGGAAGGAAAACAAAAAGAAGCAGCAGCAGCCUAAAGCGAAGCCGAAGGCAAAGGCGAGAGUUGCAAAGCCCGCUUUGAAUGUGAGUAAAGAAGAAACUGAAGAUGAUGAACCGGCGGAUAUUGAUGCUGAAUCUGAUGAUCCACAACUGUGUGGUCCCUACGUUUCUGAUAUACACGAAUAUCUUCGCCAAAUGGAGGUGGAUCCAAAUAGAAGGCCGUUGCCUGACUAUAUCGAAAAGGUACAGAAGGAUGUUAGUACAAAUAUGAGAGGGGUUUUGGUGGAUUGGUUGGUGGAAGUUGCAGAGGAAUACAAGCUUGUUUCAGAUACUUUAUACAUAACCGUAUCCUAUAUUGAUAGGUACCUAUCUUUAAAUGCCCUCAAUAGGCAAAGGCUUCAACUGCUGGGUGUAUCUUCUAUGCUGAUUGCAUCAAAGUACGAGGAAAUCAAUCCUCCAAACGUGGAAGAUUUUUGCUACAUAACAGAUAAUACUUACAGGAAAGAAGAGGUGGUUAAAAUGGAGGCAGAUAUACUCAAGGCCUUGAAGUUUGAAUUGGGCAAUCCAACAGUUAAAACAUUUCUGAGGAGAUUUACAAGAGUUGCACAAGAGGAUUACAUGGAUUCCAGCUUGCAACUAGAGUUCCUUGGAUGUUACCUUGCGGAGUUGAGUUUGUUGGAUUAUGGCUGUGUAAAAUUUUUACCUUCAAGGAUUGCUGCUUCUGUUAUAUUUCUUGCACAUUUCAUAAUUCAACCUAUGAGACAUCCUUGGAGCUCAGCUAUGCAAGAGUACACAGGCUACAAGGUCUCGGAUCUGAAAGAAUGUGCCCUUAUCAUACAUGACUUGUAUUUGAGUAGAAGAGGAGGUGCACUGCAAGCAGUUAGAGAAAAAUACAAGCAGCACAAGUUCAAAUGUGUGGCAACCAUGCCUGCUUCUCCAGAGAUUCCAGACUCUUAUUUUUAAGUUCAAGAAGUUGAUGCCGUGAAAGUUUAACUUAUGUGAUUUCCAGUGUCUAAUUUCUAUAAUUCAACUUCUUGGAGAAGACCUUGAAAAAAAAACUUGGAGAAGGCCUGAAUGUGGGUGAAAUGAAUAUUUGAACAUCAAGAGACCAACACUGGCAGCAAUACUACUAACUUGGGAAAUGUUUUCUAACGUGAGCUGGACUUUAGAAUGUUAGUGAUUCUUAGAGCAGCAACAUUGA